CUUAUGCUCGGGCUCGGCGUUCAACGAAUUAGGAUUCAACAAAACUCAAACUCAUCAUGCCGAGAGACGUAGGAGCCUACUUAACAGAACAACAAAGAAAGUCAUCGGGGGAUGUUGCUACAGAUUGGGGACAGAUUGAAGAACUUUACAACAAAAAGUUAUGGCACCAACUUACCUUAAAGCUUCUCAAAUUUGUAAAAACUCCUACAUUUUCCAAGGGAGACGGACUAGUUAAGAUGUAUGAAAACUUUAUUGCUGAUUUUGAGCACAGAAUCAAUCCAUUAGCACUGGCUGAAAUCAUGGUGUACAUAGUCAAACAGAUGACAGAUAUUGAUACAGCUGUUUCAUUUAUUGAGAAAAUGAAAGAGAAAGUAAAGGUCAGUGAUGAAGCAAAAGCUCUGUGCUUGACAACAUUAGGAACAAUUCGGCUUCGAAACCGUGACUUUCCUGCAACAAAGACAGUGGUGGAGGAAUGUAGUGGAUUAUUAAACAACUUGGAUGGAGUAACAACAGUACAUGGACGAUUUUAUGAGCUAUCUAGUAACUACCACAAGUUGAUGGGGAACCAUGCCUUAUAUUAUCAAGAAGCACUUCGAUUCCUUGGCUGUACAAAUAUGAAUGAUAUGCCAGCAUCAGAACAAAUUGAGAGAGCAUUUAAUCUUGGUUUGGCUGCCAUUUUGGGAGAUGGAGUAUAUAAUUUUGGAGAAUUGCUUGCUCAUCCCAUCCUGGAGUCCUUAAAAUCAACGGACAAGGCCUGGCUUACUGAACUUCUGUACACAUUCAACAGUGGCAAUAUUCCAAAGUUUGAUGAGCUCAAGAAGAUUUGGGCAACUCAGCCUGAUCUAGCUUCUAAUGAGCUUCACAUGAGGCAGAAAAUUUCACUUCUUUGUUUAAUGGAGAUGACUUUCCAGAGACCAGCCACAAAUAGACAGUUAACAUUUCAUGAAAUUGCUGAUGAAACUCAACUGCCAAACAAUGAGGUUGAAAUGCUAGUGAUGAAAGCUUUGAGUCUGGGACUUGUCAAAGGAUCCAUUGAUGAAAUUGACCAGAAAGUACAUAUGACCUGGGUUCAACCUCGUGUCCUUGAUCUUCAGCAAAUUGCCACCAUGCAGAAAAGGCUAGAGCAGUGGACAGAGGAUGUCAGUGGAAUGGAGCAGUUAUUGGAAGUGAAAGCCAAGGAUAUUUUGACAUAAUCUUAAUUUUAUCCUUUAAAUCAAAUUUCAUGAUGAUCUUUCAUUGAAUGACAAAAUCUGCAAACCAAAAUAUUUGUAGAAUUAUAAAUGGUAAAAAUAAACAAGUUCUUACAUUAUAA